UGGUCAAAAAGUGCAGGGGAUCCUAGCUGAUUUUUGGAGUCGAAUUGACAACUAUGCAAAUUAUAGCUUCUUCAAAAGAGCCGUCAAAAGAACCCGUUCCCGCAUUAAGAACACGCUACAAGUGAAAGUACCGUUUACCUUCCUACUGAUUUUCUACAGCAUUUUUGACUUUUUAUUUCCCAAAGGGAUUGCUGUAUUUCCUUACCGUAUUUUCUCAAAGGGAAUUCGGUCGAUUUGAAUUAUGGAGAUUAUUUUUUAAUUUAUUUUUAAAAAAUCCUUCCACUUGUUCUGCCCUUAAAAUUUACUUAAUAACUAACCAAAAAUUUUUUUUAAAUUUUCCCCUCAAAAAUCCCCUUUUUAUUUUUUAAAGGUAAAUUAAUUAUCGUCAGCCAAAUGAAUCGAUUUUCAACAGCCGAUAAAUUAAACAAAAGCCGACCAGCUAUAUUAGUGCCUAGAGGAGGAGGAGGAGGAGGAAAUAAUCACCAUCCAUCUUCUACCACAAUUUUACCUUCUACAAAAAAUUUUUUGAAAAUUAAAGAAGAAAAACAAAGCUAUAGAGAACAAUUACUUUCUGUUAUUUUACAAAAUACUUCAAAUACGUAAGUUUUAUUUUUUCGAAAAAUUUAUUUAGGGGGGGGGGAGUUGACCUGUUUGGAUUUGAAUAGAUUUUAUAUACCUAAUAGAGUUCCAUUUUCAACAUUUUUAACAACCUUUUUAUUAUUUUCUUUUAAAUUCAAGUUUCAAAUUUCUUUUUUUUUCUA